AAAAAAAAAAAAAAAAAAAAAAAAUGGGGAAAGAGAUAAAUAUUGAAAAGAUUGGGCAAGUUUUGGGAAAAUCAUCACCAAUUUGGAAUAAUAAAAAUAUAAAUGGUUUGGGACGCCGGGAAUUGCCUCUGCUGUCGCUGAACCACGUCUCGUUCAUCUGCAAAUCUGUCCGAAAGUCUGUUGAAUUUUACGAGCAGGUUUUGGGUUUUGUCCUAAUCCAAAGGCCUUCUUCUUUCGACUUUGAAGGCGCUUGGCUGUUCAACCAUGGGAUUGGGAUCCACCUGCUGCAGUCGGAUAAUGCGAAUAUGGUGAGUAAAGCGGGGAAGAAGAUAAACCCAAAGGACAACCACAUCUCGUUUGAGUGCUCGGACAUGGGCGUGAUAAUGUCACAGCUGGAGGAGAUGAAUGUGGAAUACGUGAAGGGUGUGGUGAGAGAAGGCGGGAUAAUCGUGGAUCAGAUAUUUUUUCAUGACCCAGACGGAUACAUGAUUGAGAUCUGCAAUUGCCACAAUCUUCCCCUUCUCCCCAUCUCCUCUUGCCCUCUCCCUCGCCCCAAAAGCAACAUCGCUUUUCACGGGAAAAAUUUGUGCAGUGGAGAAGCGGAAGCGUUGAUGCUAGAGAACUUGGCAAUGGACAUGUUCAACCUUUCCAUUUGACAACACGCUGGUGAAUCAAUGCUUUUACCAAUUUAUGUGUAUGAAUGUAUUUGUUAGUAAUCAAUGAACAUUUAUGUAGCUAGCGAGUUUGCUGUUUUCCCUUUGUAAUGCAAUAAUGAAGAAAAAAAUAAGAAAAAUAUUAUGUAAGCAGACUUGUAUAAUUACCUUCUUGUUCUGUCCAAUUACUUACGAUAAUAGCAAGCGUCUCCCAAAAUGCAAUGACAUAUGAUUAAAAGUAUUAAAAAUAAACAAGUUUACAGUAAACAAUAUUUAUUUUAAAACUCUCAAAAUGAAGAACUCCAACAAUGCAAAAUGAACGUUAUGAACUUCACAAAAUGCAUAUAGCGCUCUAAAAAGUUUAAGUUAUAUGCAAUAACACUCAUGUGACCUAAUUAUAAGGG